AUGGCAGGACACCACGACCCGAAGCUUCUGUACACGAUCGCCAAUGUCAGGGCGUUCCACAUCCAGGGCGGAGAAGAGCAGGACUUGACACCCUCUGGCCCACAGACGCUGUCUCUGUUGAUGGUGCCGACGUCGUCGCCCUUUUCCGACCUGUCCUCGACCAUUCCGCAGAACGAGAUUCCCGAGAACGACUUCUACCUACAUCUGAACCUGCCCCCGGAGCUGGACUUGCCCAUGCCAGCCACCACCCAGGUCUACCACCAACCCCCUCACUCGUACCUAAUUCCUCGCUGGGAUCUCGGCGCUGACAGUGGUAUCUUCACCCGCAUUACUUUUGACAAGAACAUCUCCCCUGAAGACCACGAUACUUUCGAGACCAUACUGGCACAAUGCACCGCCUUCCUCGAGCGUGCUGCUCCACCCAAACCAUCCCGUCCUCUGGAACAGUAUGAUCCGCGAGACUAUGCUCCGGGUGGUAAGCAUCACGAUGCCAAGGGUUCUGGACACGGCCAAGUCGUGCUUAUCGAUGAAGACAACGGCAGCGUCAUCGGCGAACUGGCUGGUGAUGCUCAUGUCGUCGAGGAUUCAACCUUGAACCAAGGCACAAAGAAUCCUGUCGAGCUCGAGAUUUCUGCCGACGGAAAGCGCAUCAGCGUCAAGCCCAUCAGCGAGGAUUACUUGCAGAUGGCCCGUCAUCCUGCCUACAAGGACAGUGGAAUGGUCCAGAAUGCUGCGACUGCCUCUCGCUUCAUUGUCACGUCUAGUAGCCGUCUGGGUAACAUCCUGACUGCUGGAGCAGAGAACUUUACGCAGAAAGUCAAACCAGCCGCUAAGCCCAUGGAGUUCAGUCCGGCCGCUCACGAACGUGUCCGCAAGAUCAACGCCUUCACCAACACUGCGGCCGGAAUGUCUGCAAAGACCGUCGGCCAGGCUACAAAGUACGCUCAGAAUAUUGGUGCCAGAUUUGGUGGAAAGAACCAAGAUCGCUCCAAGAAGGGCUUUGAUGUAAAUGGCAAGCCUCUUGCACAAGACGAGUACAAGCCUGGUCUGCUCAACAGGAGUAUGAUCGCCUUCUCUACUAUAGCCGACGGCGUUGCAACCAGCGGCAAGCAUCUCCUCGAGCAGAGUGGCACCGCUGCAACCACUGUUGUCGGCCACCGCUAUGGCGCCGAAGCCGGAUCUAUCACGUCCGAGCUCGCUGGCGGAGUCAAGAAUGUCGGUCUCGUCUACAUUGACGUGACUGGUGUAUCUCGCCGUGCCGUCUUGAAGUCGGUUGCCAAAGGCAUGGUCGUCGGUAAGGUGCGCAACGGUGGCCAGGUCAUCGUUGGUGGCGGAGAUGGUGGCGUUGUUGAGGAUGAGGAUAUGAGAAAGGCAGGUCUCAAGAGCGACGGACAACCCGCCCAGGGCCCAGGCUACGGUAACGUUGGAAGCAUUGAUGGAUUUGGAAACGCGAGUGGACCGCCAGCCUACGAAAGUGGUGUUGGUGAGUCCAUCUCCGGCCAACCUGCGUCGCAGCGCGACCUGAAAGGCAAAUAUGCAUGA